GCGCGGUGCGCGCGGCGGCGGGGGCGGGGGAGUGGGCGGGCCCGACCGGGGAAGGCGGGGAGCCGGGUCGCCGGCGCGCGGGCCCGCCUCUGACUGCGGCGCGGCGGGGCGAUGUGUGAUUACCAUGGCGAGGAGUCUCUGUCCGGGGGCCUGGCUGAGGAAACCCUAUCACCUCCAGAUAUUGACCAGAAAAGCAGAAACCUACUACCCUGCGGGCUCUGGACAGUUCCCCAUGUUCAUUACCUGCUUGCCAAUACCUGGGCAACACAAGGCUCGCUUCUCAUAUGUGCGGAUGAAAUAUCUUUUCUUUUCCUGGUUGGCAGUUUUUGUUGGAAGCUGGAUUAUAUAUGUGCAAUACUCUACCUAUACAGAACUAUGCAGAGGAAAAGACUGUAAGAAAAUAAUAUGUGACAAGUACAAGACUGGAGUUAUUGAUGGGCCUGCAUGUAAUAGCCUUUGUGUUACAGAAACACUUUACUUUGGGAAAUGCUUAUCCACCAAGCCCAACAAUCAGAUGUAUUUAGGGAUUUGGGGGAAUCUACCAGGUGUUGUGAAAUGUCAGAUGGAACAAGCACUUCAUCUUGAUUUUGGAACUGAAUUGGAACCAAGAAAAGAAAUAGUAUUAUUUGAUAAGCCAACUAGGGGAACUACUGUACAGAAGUUCAAAGAAAUGGUCUACAGUCUCUUUAAAGCAAAGUUGGGUGACCAAGGAAACCUCUCGGAACUGGUUAAUCUCAUCUUGGCAGUGGCUGAUGGAGACAAAGAUGGCCAGGUUUCCUUGGGAGAAGCUAAGUCAGCAUGGGCACUUCUUCAAUUAAAUGAAUUUCUUCUCAUGGUGAUACUUCAAGAUAAAGAACACACUCCCAAACUAAUGGGCUUCUGUGGUGAUCUAUAUGUGAUGGAAAGUGUUGAAUAUACCUCUCUUUAUGGAAUAAGCCUUCCAUGGGUCAUUGAACUUUUUAUUCCAUCUGGAUUCAGAAGAAGCAUGGAUCAGUUGUUCACACCAUCAUGGCCUAGAAAGGCUAAAAUAGCCAUAGGACUUCUGGAAUUUGUGGAAGAUGUUUUCCAUGGGCCCUAUGGAAACUUCCUCAUGUGUGACACUAGUGCCAGAAACCUAGGGUAUAAUGACAAGUAUGAUUUGAAAAUGGUGGACAUGAGAAAAAUUGUGCCAGAGACAAACCUUAAACAACUUAUAAAGGAUCGUCACUGUGAGUCUGAUUUGGACUGUGUUUACGGCACGGAUUGUCGAACUAGCUGUGAUCAGAGUACAAUGAAGUGUACUUCCGAAGUGAUACAACCAAACUUGGCGAAAGCCUGUCAGUUACUCAAAGACUACCUACUGCGUGGUGCUCCAAGUGAAAUUCGUGAAGAAUUAGAAAAGCAGCUUUAUUCUUGCAUUGCUCUCAAAGUCACAGCAACUCAAAUGGAAAUGGAACAUUCUUUGAUACUAAAUAACCUAAAAACGUUACUAUGGAAGAAAAUUUCCUAUACAAAUGACUCUUAGUUCCUUUGGACAUGUGACCAUUUUAGGAAACCUACUUCUUAAGAAAAAUUCUGAGCAUCCUUCAAAAAAUAUCGUUUUAAAUCCCUGACUUAAAAUUCCUUUCCCAGGUCCUAAGAAGCCAUCUUAAAAUACAUGUGGAUUGCUGAAGUACUGGCAGGAGGUACAGGAUCAACAGGUCCAAAAAGAUUUCAUUCCUGCCCUUUUAGAAGCCCUGGUACAUUUUCCAGUACAUUCACUGUGUAACUAUUCUGACUGAUGACUUAAAAUAAUGCUGUGAAAAGCCUCAUUCCAUAAAUACCAACAGUGAGAGUAUUUUGUUUGUUAGCCAAAAUAUCAUUGCUGGAAACAUUUGUCUACAUUGAAGCUGCUGUUUUAAAAAGUUUAUACAUAAAUUUACUAAAGUCUUAGCAUGGUAAAGUUUGCACAUUAACAGAAAUUAAGACUGCAAAGCAGGUAAAUUAAAAUUACUCCUUUAUAAACAA